AUGACAAUACCACAUUAUGGUAUAAGUUUCUAUGAUUAUUUAACAAAAUCUAAAUCAUGGCGAUAUGAAAUACAAAAACGAAAACCUCAAGGUAUUGAAUUACAAAAAGCUUCUGUUUUUUCACAUGCAAUAGUACAUUUUAUAAUACGUUCUUCUAUAUGGUAUUUUCAUAUUUAUUGUAAAACAAUGUCAAAUAUGAAUUCAAUAUCAUUAAUAUCAUUUAUAUUAAAAAUGAUUAUAUUUGAUGGUUUAGGAGUAAUAUUUCAUCAAUUUCAACAUUCAAAAUUUGGUCGAAUAUUUAAUCAUUUAAAACAUCAUCAAUUACGUACACCAACUAUAGAUAGUUCAGCAUAUUUAUCAAUGGGUGAAUUAAUACUAAGUAGUCAUAUUGGAUGGAUAUUAGUUGGUUUUAUUUCAGGUUCAUUUUGGGAUCAUUGUUUAUUUUUGGUCAUUUCAUCAACUAUUAAAAGUUUAUGUCAUAGUAAUUAUGAUCAUCCUUGGGAAUAUACAAAAUUAUAUCGUUUAUUAAAAUUAGUUGGAUCACGUGAACAUCAUGUACAUCAUUUACAUCCGAAUAAAAAUUUUGCUGAUUUAUUUAUAUUUUGGGAUCAAUUAUUUGGAACUUUUCUUGAUCCUAAAGAUGUCGAUGGAAUUAAUAAUCAUAUGAGUAUUAUGACUAAAAAUGUUGAAUAG